AGGUGAUAAUGAUAACGAUUAUAUUUCUAGAUAGUGUUAUGAAUUAAACAAGAAUAAAUAAAAAUAAAAAACAUAGACACUGUAUUGCAUUUGAGAACAAAUAAAAUGGGUGAUACUGCAUAUGAAAUGCUGGUUGAUAUAUCUGUCCAGGGAAUGACAUGUGAAUCCUGCAUCAAAAGCAUCAAAGCUUCUUUUUUAAAUAUAGACUCAGUUAAAGUAAUUGAUAUUUCUCUGGAAAAAGAAAUGGCAUCUGUAAAAUAUGAUUCCAAUAGCAUUGGUAUUGCCAAGAUUAUUUCUAUAAUUGAAGAUUGUGGUUUCGAUGCUUGUGAAAUAAAUCCUACGCCAAAGGAGAUGGAAUUUAAAGAAAUUAAUUUAACUGUAAAAGGAAUGACCUGCCAAUCAUGCGUUAAAGCUAUUAAAAAUGGUUUGGUAGAUUUACCAACUAUUAAAUCUGUUGAUGUUAGUUUACUGCAUGAAAAUGUUUGUGUUGUUUUUAACAAACUUGAAAUGACAAAAGAAGAAAUAAGCAGUUUAAUUAAAGAUAAAGGUUUUAUUGUUGAAGACAACGAAGAAUCACUUGAAAACAAAUACAGUACUACUUAUUUGUUUAUAAAGAAUCCUUUAAAAGAGACUGAUGUUGAGUACAUUACCAUGUACUUAGAGAAAUUGGAUGGUAUAGUUGCAGCAUCUAUUUCAAACAAAGAUAUGUUGAUGAUAAAGCAUUACAUUGAUAAAGUUAGUGUGGAUGAUUUGCACACACAUCUUUCUGAUCUCGGUUAUGACAGUUCGAUAAAAGCAAUUGAUAUCCAGAGAAAAUCAUCAAGUGAAUCUAAAGUUGGUUCCCUCUCAGGAUCGAGUUUGAUGAAUAAGAGUGGAUCCUUGAAGUGUGUUGAUGGAUUUAUGAACAAAGCACUUGAAACAAAAGACGAAAUGCGAAAACUGUUUGUAAGUGUUACUGGAAUGACGUGUGCAUCUUGUGUUGCUGCUAUUGAAAAAACAUUGAAAAAGAAACCAGGAAUACAUGCUUGUGUAGUCGCACUGUUGGCACAGAAAGCUGAAAUUAAGUAUGACUGUAACAUUACCAAUGCAGAAAAGAUAGUGAGCUAUAUUAAGGAUUUGGGAUUUGAUUCAAGUAUAAUAGAAGAUGAUGCAGCUGGUCAUGCUAAAAUUGAGCUCCAGAUUGAAGGGAUGACAUGCACAAGUUGUGUUCAUUCAAUCGAAUCAAGUGUCAUGCAGAAACCUGGUAUGAUUUCAGCGUCUGUGGCUUUGACGACCAGUCAUGGAAGGUUUGUUUUUAAUCCUGACACAAUUGGUGUGAGAGAUAUCAUUCACCAUAUAAAAGAUCUUGGCUUCAAUGCAUCAAUACCAAGCAAUGACGAAAGCAAGAAUGAAGCGCUGUCACAUGCAAAGACUAUCAAAAAAUGGCGUACCUCAUUUUUGAUUUCGUUAAUAUUUGGGAUUCCUGUUUUGGCUAUCGUCAUUACGUAUACGGUGUUAGGAGAACAGAGUGGUCCAUACGUAGCAGAUGGACUCUCCCUUCAAAACCUCCUGUUCUUUAUCUUAUGUACUCCUGUACAGUUUUUUGGUGGACGCUAUUUUUACGUGAUGGCCUACAAAGCAUUGAAACACAAAACAACCAACAUGGAUGUGCUUAUUGUUAUGGCAACCAGUAUUGCAUACAUUUAUUCACUCGUUGUGAUGAUACUAGCGAUCGUUCAAAAGCCUGAGAAAAGUCCAAUGACGUUUUUUGAAACGCCUCCAAUGCUGUUAGUGUUCAUAUCUCUUGGAAGAUGGUUGGAACACUUAGCAAAAAGUAAAACAUCAGAAGCGCUGUCCAAGUUAUUAGAAUUACAGCCGCAAGAUGCUAUAUUAGUGAAGUUGAAUCCAGAAAGUGGUGUUGUUGAAAGUCAAACUCCGAUUGAUAUUGAUUUGGUGCAGCGAGGCGAUAUACUUCAGGUGGUACCUGGUAGCAAGAUCCCGGUAGAUGGACGUGUUGUUGAUGGUGUCUCAAUGGCAGAUGAAUCGCUUAUCACUGGUGAAUCCAUGCCCGUCCAUAAAACGGUUGGAGAUCCUGUGAUUGGAGGAAGUAUUAACCAGAAUGGAAGUUUACUGGUAGAAGCAAGCCACGUGGGUGCAGACACAACACUUGCACAAAUUAUUAAAAUGGUAGAGGAAGCUCAGACCUCAAAGGCUCCCAUACAGCAAUUAGCCGAUCGAAUUUCUGGCUACUUCGUUCCUAUUGUCUUGAUCAUGUCAGCUCUCACCUUGAUAAUCUGGUUGUCGAUUGGAUUUACAAAUUUUGAUUUAAUGAGGCAUAAUUAUGACGAAGGCAUUUAUACUGAAACCGAAAUCACAGUACAAUUCGCCUUCCGUUGCGCCAUUUCUGUGCUUUGCAUCGCAUGUCCAUGCGCACUUGGACUGGCUACUCCAACGGCUGUUAUGGUGGGAACUGGCGUGGGAGCACAAAAUGGGAUUUUAAUAAAAGGAGGGGAACCAUUGGAGACAACACACAAGAUUAAAACUAUGGUUUUCGACAAAACAGGGACACUAACACACGGCAAACCUGUUGUGACGAAAACACGAAUAUAUGUUCCCAAGAAUACCUGCUCAGAAGAAAAGUACUUAGCUCUAGUUGGCACUGCUGAAUCCGCAAGCGAACAUCCCAUUGGAAACGCAAUUACGCAACACGCAAAAGAGGUUCUGGGCGUAAAUAGUAUGGGAACCCUUAAAGAUUUUGAGGCUGUACCGGGAUUCGGCUUGAAAUGCCACGUCAGCAAUAUCGACCACCUGUUAAAAAGCAAAACAGAUAUGAAAGAGUAUGACAGUGUACACUCAUACAUCGACAUUGGUCAAACUGCACCGACGGAAUCUCUUCAUGCGGACGAUUACCACGUGUUUAUUGGCAAUCGUGAGUGGAUGGCUCAAAACGGUCUACCAAUCAACCACGACGUUGAUGAAUUGUUGAUUAUGCAAGAGGAGCGAGGUGAAACCGCUGUUCUGGUGGCUGUUAAUGGUUUUAUCCUUGGGAUGAUUUCAGUAGCAGAUACUGUGAAGCAAGAGGCAUCACUUGCUGUGAAAACCCUCCUAAACAUGAAUGUCAAGGUGGUUUUGUUGACGGGAGAUAACAGAAAGACAGCUAAUGCUAUUGCCGAACAGGUUGGUAUCACAGAAGUCAUUGCUGAAGUUCUCCCAUCACAUAAAGUCGCAGCAGUGAAAGCACUUCAAACGAAGAAGCACAAAGUAGCUAUGGUUGGUGACGGCAUCAAUGAUUCGCCAGCACUUGCUCAAGCUGACGUUGGUAUAGCUAUUGGUACAGGUACUGAUGUGGCAGUGGAAGCAGCUGGUGUGGUGCUUAUCAAGAACGAUUUGAUGGAUGUUGUAGCUGCGAUGGAGUUAAGUCGCACGACAAUGAGAAGAAUACGUAUCAAUUUCUUCUACGCUUUUCUUUAUAACAUGAUUGGCGUGCCAAUAGCUGCAGGAGCAUUCUUCCCCAUUGGUGUUGUUCUUCAACCAUGGAUGGCUAGUGUGGCCAUGGCAUUGUCUUCUGUUUCGGUUGUGCUCUCCUCCUUGUGGCUGAAAAGAUGGAAAAAGAAAGUUUACAAAAGCGAACAGACUAAGAAUGCAUAUCUCAAUGAAUUCGAGCUUUUUCCAUUCGCAGAAUCAAAGAAGAAUGUGGACAUCAUUCCAUGCCCACCUGUCAAUUUACUUCCACAGAAUGUAUUCUAGCAGCCUAGACAUGGAUGACGUGUGCGCAAAGUUUUUAUGUUAAGAUGACGCACAAAUUUUUUUAUCGUUUUGUUUCUGUUUGUUACAUUUUAGCGAAAUCGUUUUAUGUGUAAAACCUAAUCCGCCAGCUCGUUCAAGUUGUUAUUUUCUUAAAGAAAUUAUCUAUAAAAGUUUGUAGACAUUAGCUGGAUUAAGUCCCUUUAUAUUCGCUCUGUUAGUUUAUAAAUUUACUUUUUUGGCUAGCUAGAUAGUUACCCUUUUAUAAUCUUAUCUUCUAACUUGUACCUUAUAACUCACAGGUCAAUUGCAUCAAAACCUUAUUAUCAUUUGAUUAUACAACUGUUGAUUAUCUUGACAAAUAUAUCAGUAAAGUUAAAAACAUUUUUUUGUUCAUUUUGACUAUCCUUUCCUGGAAAGGAAAAUUGUUCAUUUUUAUAAAACAAAAUUUCCAGAUAUGAUUUUUAAAUAAUGCAGAAAUAUAGCUAUGUCUACUAUGCUGAGACUUUUAUUUUUAGAAUUUGCUUAUAAAAAACAUAAAUUAUCUUGUUUUCGUUCAUUUUCUUGCUCGAGUUCUGUCAUUUAUCCAAAAGAAAGUGAAAAAUGAAGAGCUGCUUGAAAGUCACGAUUUUGUAACUUGAAAUUUUAAAAUCACGCACCGUGGUUAUUUCUCGUUCCCAGAUAAGGUCUGGGAACGAAAAAAGGGUCUUGAUUUGCUUAUUUUUUAGAUGAUUUUAUUAGAGUUUUUCUUAUGUAAAAUAAAUCUUUGUGUAUAACCAGUAUUAAUAAAAUUGUAAAUUUACGA